AUUCACAGAAAAAAAAAAACAGCUGUUGUUGAAAAAGAAAACAGCGAAGAGAGUUUCAUUGACGGAUGUCUUGGCUUUAUCUUUUCGCACACAUAAGUAAAAAUGCAUGCCCCAAAGAGAGGGUCAUCUCCUGAUGAUUCUCAGUGCAAGAUAAGGAAGUUGGAUCAGGAUGAGGAUGACAUGCAAUCCACAACUGCACCAGCUACAAAUAAUACAGCAGCAGACUCACGGAAUAUACCAGCCAAGUCAUCAAUACAAAGUUCCCCUCCAAAGGAUUCCAGCAAAACCAUUUCUGAACCCCCUCUCAAAGAAUCCAAGCUCCUAAAUGCCACAAGUGCCUCCUGCGGAGAAGCUCCCUCACAGAAAGCUAACUCCAAUGCUUCCCUGAAGCGAACAGCCUCCACUGAGUCUGAGGAUGAAUUAAGUAGUGAUAGUAGUAAGACUGACCCUUUCAGACAGAGGCAUGAUGGCGACAAGGCACGCUGCAUCCGAAAAUAUUCGAAUCGAGUCAAAGCGAAGCGCAAAGCUGAAGAGCCAACGUCUGACCCACAGGAGACAGGCCAAGGGUCACCGUCUGCACCUGAAGGCCCCGUUCAGAUGGACCACAAUUAUGGUAGAUUUUCAGAUUCAAGUAUGGGAGAGCUUGAUAUGGAUCAGAAAAAAGAAUCCGCACACUCUGUCACUGAACUACAGGUACAAGUAAUGUCAGUUAAUGCAACACAAGCAGAGUCAAAAUACUCUUUAGUCGCUGCAAGCAGAAGUGCAAAGGCUAGCAUUGAAUUUGAGUGCCCAGACGAUCAAAUCAAACAUGAGGAAUUGAAAAAUGUAGAAGGCCAAAUGCUCAAUGAUAAUAAAACCCCAACAUCAUGUAUAGAGAGCUUAGACCCUGUCACUGCAACAGCUAAAGGGUCGCCUUGCAUCACAUCUGAGGCAGAACGGAUUGAAAAGAAAGACAUCAAUAACCAAAAGUGUGUAGACAAUGAAACAGUUGCACCUGCAGUGGAAACAUUGUAUAGUACUGGAGAGGCAAAUCCAGCCUGUGAAGUGGAAAUACAGUUAGAGGAGAGCAUGAACUCAUUUCCUAAAAGUCCUACAGUUAACAUCAGUGAAACUGAAACUAAGGACACCACAGAGUCUGUUUCUAAGGAGACAUUGGAUGUAAAAUGUAAAAGUGAGGAUGAAGGGCAGGAAGCCAAUGUCUCCGCAGACUAUAUUGAUGUCGUAGAUAAAGCGUUAUCAAAUGAAACAAACAUGGAAGGAGGUGUUAAUCCUGAGAGUCAGACUAAUAAGAAAUUAACACUGCCCACUGGCAAUCCAGACACUCAAACAGACCUCAGUGUCAAAAUUCAAGUUACUUUCAAAGAGGAAUCUAACAUCAUUCAUCACGUGAGCCAUGAAGUGCCAGGUGCAAUUACCAACUCGUGUGAGGAUGUGGAAAAACUGGUACGAAAGUCGGAGGAAAAACGUAAGGAAAGUGAUAGGAAAGGAGUCGAGUUCCUGUCGACUCAGACUGUUGCUGUUUCUGCGUCCUUUGCUGAAGUACAAGUGAUGGAAAAGACGACUGACAGCUGUACAGAAAUUCUGACAUCAAAUUGUGAGGCUGUUCCUGAGCAAAAUCAAAACAAGGUGCUCUCUGAGUGUGUCACAGACUUGAAGGGGCAUAUUGACACGGACCUGGAGACCAAAAUGACAGAGGACAGGAAUAAAUCAGCACCUAAGGAGGAUACACUAAACGGGGGGAACCACAUAGGUAAUGGCAAUACUACGCAAAUACCAGCUGUAGUCAAAGAAGUUGUAGAGACAAGGAUAGAAAAAGAGAACGACUUUGAGGACAUUUCCAAUGAAGCCGCCACAAUGGAAAUACAAAUCCAGAAGAGGCAGGAAGUAAGUGAACACACUGCAGACAUAUCUACAGAAUUGAAUAAGGAUUGUGUUUCAAAUUCUAAAAUAAUGGAAAAUCAUGGCAACCAGGACUUUGAAUGCACUAGUGGACGUGAGAGACAGACUACAACGGCAUCACAGAUUCUUAAUCCUGCAUCUUCUGUGGAAGUACAAAUCCAGGAGAGGCCAAGAGACGACGAACCCAUCGCAGAAAUGUCUGAUAAAACACAGAAACAUCCAGUUGCAAUUUGCCAGAAAGCUGAAGGCAGGGUUGAUGCUGAAGCUCUAGCUGCUGCUGAGAAUCUGAAUAGAAUAGAGGUGGAUAUUCAGACGACAACAACAGCAUCAGAAGAGACGUCUAACAUUGCACCUACUCCUACAGUGGAUGUGCAGACAACAACAGCAUCAGAAGAGACGUCUAACAUUGCACCUACAGUGGAUAUGCAGACAACAACAGCAUCAGAAGAGACGUCUAACAUUGCACCUACAGUGGAUAUGCAGACAACAACAGCAUCAGAAGAGAGGUCUAACAUUGCACCUACUCCUACAGUGGAUAUGCAGACAACAACAGCAUCAGAAGAGACGUCUAACAUUGCACCUACAGUGGAUAUGCAGACAACAACAGCAUCAGAAGAGACGUCUAACAUUGCACCUACUCCUACAGUGGAUAUGCAGACAACACAGCAUCAGAAGAGACGUCUAACAUUGCACCUACUCCUACAGUGGAUGUGCAGACAACAACAGCAUCAGAAGAGACGUCUAACAUUGCACCUACAGUGGAUAUGCAAAACCAGGAAGUCAUUGAACCCACCACAGACAUGUCUGCUGAACUGCAUGAGGAUCAAAAGGCUGAACAUAUGGAAAAUCCAGCUCCUGUAGUUGAAAGCAUUAUAGAA